AGACACUAAAAAGACUGAACACACUAAAGCACCUGGUGUAAUAAAUGCGACAAAAAUAUAAUCGUUUAAGUUUAGUAGUGUACUUGAGUCUCAGUCGCGUGAAUCGCGUUUUCGGCACUACAAAGUUCGCGAACGGUUACAGUGACCGUUACCAAACAUCACUCGGCUUGCAGCAGUGCGUAUAAAUUGUAUUAUUCGUUAUCAUCGCACCGAGACAGAGAUAAUAUUUUGUUAUUACGGAAUACAUGAUGAACAAUACGUGCGUCGACGGAGUUAUCUCGUGGAUUCAAUUGUAAUCACGUUUAUGUUGUAUUCGAUUGAUUGCGCGUGCAUUCUGGAACAGAAAAUGAAAGAAAACAGGAAAAUUACUAAGCAAGCAAAGUGAAUAAAUGAAAUAUAAAUAAAAGUGUAAAUAAAAAGUGAGCUUGCAACAUAUUUUAUGGAAUUAUGGAAAAUAUAUCAACAAAAAUAUUACAAGCAAAUUUGUGAAAUUAAUACAUAUACAAUCAGCAAACAAAUGAACAAAUUAUCUUUAUCAUUGGAAUAGUACAGCACUAGAUAUUUGAUAAACGAGAUAAGAAACUGGUAAUUGUGGCUUAAUCGAGGGUCGCAGAGCACAUAUUCGACACAAUGCACACUUGUUUCACUAAUUGAGCGAACUCAACAAGCCAUUCAAGUGAAUCUAAGUGAAUAGAAAAAUAAAUCAAUGACAAAAAAAGUCAAUUAAUUACAUCGUGCUGUUUGCGAUAAUAUUUUGCGUGCAAAAUGGUUGAUCAACUUGUGUUACCACCGCGUAUUUUAUUAGAAGUGCCGCAGGAAGAGAGCGAAGGUCCACGGCGCAGGUGCAACAGUUUAAGUAAAGUGCAAGAAGAUGAAGAAGUGCAACGAAUAACGAAAAAAACGUUCGUUUAGGAAAACUCUGACACGGACAUGGAGUAAACGCAUGAGUUUCCGGUCUAAAAGUAUUGAAAUACGUUCAGCACCGAAUGGAAGUCCAGUUAAAACUCCAGAUGAACGUCCAUCUUCCUCGCCGUUAGAUGUCGUUCUACGCGUGCGUGGUAGAUCCAGGGAACGUCGUGCUGUAUCAGCAGGUCCAUUAAAUCAUGAAACAAACGGAAAAAGACCUGAAAGACCAAACUGCAUCAAUUUACUCGUUACUGGAACAGCCGAGACAGCUGCGCUUUUUCCAGUUGACAGUUGUGUAUUCUCCGAAGAGAAAGACAAAACUUGUGCCAAUAAUGACGACGCCGGCGACGCUCUGGAAGACAUAAAACAUCAUCUCGAUCCCGCGCUCCUUAAUGGGUCUUCGGGUAACUUUGGGAGCGCGGGGGCGCGUUCUGCUCCAAGUACCCCGCAAACAACAGCGAUCGGACCGUCACUACUCGCUGGAAUCGCCUCUGAAUGCAAUCCUGGCGCAUCGCCACCCAGCAGUUUGCCGCGGAGUCCAAGUCACAGCAUCUUUUCCAAAUCCGAUAAAGGAAAUAUAAAACAACUGUCGACCUCGGCGCCCAUCAUGACUGCCCAAGCUCAAUCGCCUGAACCGCCGAGCCCGAAGGGCGUCAAGGAGAUCAAGGCGGUGCCUUACAAGGCCAAACAGAAGAAGUUUCACCGCCAUUUUCCGGCCGCCGUUACGGACGAUGUCUUAAACUAUUAUUCCUGCGCCCUUAUCGGCGACAUUCUGCUCCAAGGACAUCUCUAUAUUACCAAGAACUACUUCGCGUUUUAUUCGAAUGUUUUCGGAUAUGUAACAAAGUUGCUGAUACCGAUGCAAUCAGUGGAGGCGAUCUCCAAAGAGAAAACCGCACGCAUCAUCCCGAACGCCGUCGGCAUUAAAACUUUCGAGGACAAGCACGUCUUCGGCAGUUUGAUAUCCAGAGAUGCCACCUACAGAUACAUGAACGAGGUGUGGGAGACCGCCAAGAAGGAGAUGUGCGACGAGAACGCCAUCCCGUCGCCUCCGCCAUCGGAAGGACUAAUGGAGCAUGUCUCCGACCUGAGCGAAAGCAGCGAGACGCGCGAGGAGAGCGGGAGAGAGUCGGCGUCGGACGUGACGUCCCGCUUCAGGAAAUGCACGAACAAACCGACUGAAAAUUACGCUCCAGUGGAAAGUAAAACGGUGGAAAAGGCAGUCGAGGAAAAACCGUCGUUGUUCAGGGAGACCUAUCUGAAAUUCGCCUCAGCGAGUCGACAGAACAUGUUCUUGUACGUGACGACGUUCAUUCUCAUCAUAUUGUUCCUCUCUGCAGCUAUAUUACUCUAUAGAAUUGGCCAAGUUCAGAAUAGGUAUACUCAGGCACUACAGGAUAAUUUUGUAUUGUCUGACAGCGACGAUGUAUACGGUGAGCUGCUGCAGUGGCAAACACACUUACAUUCCAAGUCGGCCGGCGCCGUGCAUAGUUUUCUUGAUACGAAUUUAGAUCAAAUUGCCAAAGUAAGACAGUCGUUAGAAGCACUGUCCACGUUAUUAAUACCGAACGGUCACGGUGGUGGCUCAACGACCGCCGCGAAUCCGAUCGACACCGACAACAGUUAACCAACACUACUGUUCAUUGCAAUCGAACGUCGCGCAAUGAAACACGUCAUCUGAGCGUCGAUGCGACAAACUGAAUGUACCUCUUAUGUUGUAACGCCUAGGGUAGCGUCGUUAACAACUGCAGUGGCCAAAAAUCAAGUAACUUUAUGAAUAUGAAGUUCCAGGAAACGUUUUACAUUUAAUUGUCAAAUACAAACGAGUAACUGGUUGUACUAGGCGCAUGUCGUAGCUUGUGUGAUAAGCUAUCGAUAAAUGUAAUUGAUGUUUAACUAUUACAACCUAGUGGAUAUACCUUUUAGCGUACUGAAAACUAAUUUAAAAGGUAAUAGGACACACAUGUAAGAAAUUGCAACAAGAAACCACGCCAGAGAUUGUCAGAACAGACAGAAAUGUUCUCUAUAUAAAUAUAUUUUAAUUUCAUGUUUAAUAUUGGCACUAAAAAGACAUGUUGAAACCAACCAACGCGCAGCAUAACAUGCAAUUUUACGAAACUUAGCUUUUAUUUGGUUUUUAGAAGUAAAUCCAAUGUUGAAGGAUUGAUUGCUGUAACUGAGUGAGAUCUACUGUAUAAUAUUGUGUUAGUUAAUUUAUUGUAACAGGUUAAGAAGAGAGUAAGUAACUCAAUGUGGUAGCUAAGUUUAAAAUCGAGUGUUGAUUAGCUAUGGGAUAAAAUACACUAAACGUGAACUUAACCAGUAGAAUGAAGUAGUUGAGUACGAUGACGGUGCAUGGGGUUAGCAAUUUACAAGACUGCCUGUUAUGCGUAUACAAUGUGAUAAAUACGAUGGGAGUGGCAAACACGUUGGUCAUACACUUGCUGUUGAUGUCAACGGAUAGCGACAAUGAAAAAAAUAAGUUUGGGAAGCCUAAGGGGAAAUCGUACUUACAAGCGACACGAGGUGUGUUUAGGAGGAACAUAUGCGCUCAACUCGUUUUAAAUUCAUUCAAUUGUGAAUUGUAUUGCGAAUGAAGUAGUUCAUAUUGAAAACAAAUCGGUAAUAAUUUUUGGAAUUUGGGCCGACCAUUACAACUAUCAAGCUCAAUGAAUGGCACACUGCACAAUUGCCAGAUUUUAUUGUUAUAAACAUAAAAAAGAAGAUGCAUUUUGUUCACACCUCAUACAUGUUGUGGCAACUUUGUCUACCAAUUAAUUGGGUGCAAUAGGCAACUUCAAAUUCUAGUCACCGUUGAUUUCAAGUUUUCACGAAACAUUCUCGGCGUGCAUAUUCAACAACACACCGAAUCCGAGUGAUGACAUGUUUAUUGUUUCAAACGAUUCUUUUCAAAGUUUAACUAUAAUCUUAGAUUGCAUUAACAAAUAUGAAUGUUUAGGGUAAUCCAGACAUUUGCGCAGAUGCAAGGGCGUAACUAAAUACAAAAUGUAACUUUACCAUCAUUAUAUAUUAUAUAAAUUCCAUCGCUGUUUGAAAAAAAAAAGAGCAAACAGUUUGUUUCGUUCACACCCGUAGAACUGUAUUGAGAUAGGAUUGAUAUCAAAUCUGUGUUGGUAACAGCUGUAAACCAAUGUGAACAUUAAGAAUAUGUCAGCCAAUAGUAAAAUGGAUCAGACUUUACUAUUGAUCUUUUCAUUAUAAUUGAUGUCCACUUUGUUGUUUCUUGUUGAUUUAAUACAAUAUCGUUCGUGUGGUACUACACUAUUUUGUAUAAUGCUUUGGUAUGAUGAUUAACACUAAUAUUUAUUUGUUAUUUUAAUAUCGCCAAACGGAUGUUUUGUAAAGUACAUUUGAAGGCCAAUUCAAUUUGAUUGAUUUGAUUUGAUUUAAUAUUUAAGUAUGAUAGUUAUCUAGAUGAACCUGUGAUAUGAUUACUAUAUUUAUGUAUUUGUAAAUUUGUUUUGUUGAUCAUUCUUUAAUUCUACAAUUGCUUUAUUACUUUUUAAUAUAAUUGUAAAAUUAUUCGGAUGAUUCUUAUUAAUAUUAUAUAAAUAUAUACAUUAACCAAUGAAAA